UGGAGGGGCGGGGCCGUCUCUUUGAAGUUCCUCGGUGCACGCGACUCCAAAGGGCGUAUCUGUAGUACAGUUCGUAACUGGGAGAUGGGGGGCGGGGGUGCGCGCUCCAGGUAGCGGUGGGCGUGGCCUGCAGCGCGCCGCCCCGUGUGAUGCGGCUUCGGGGUCGCGCCGGGUUCCGGGAGCGCGCAGUGUGCUCGGGUCUCUGCUUUGCGCCGCGGUCAGUCUGGGCUGCAGUCAGUGAGAAAGUGAGAGCCGAGGUUGUAGUGUGGUUCCUCUUCCAGGGAUGCUGAGGAGCAGGACUCGGUGAGGAGGUGCGGGAUGGCGGCUUGGGGCCCCCCGAGGUCGCCUGUCCGUAUGACCCGGGGGCUGCUCGCGGUCUCCAUCCUUCUCAUCUUCGGGCAGGAGCCAGCUGGAGCCGUAAAGACUGCAGGCUCGGGGUUCAGGACAUUCACACCCUUCUACUUCCUAACCGAACCAGUGGACACUGUGACUUUACGUGGGACUCCAGCCAUUCUGAACUGUUCUGUAUAUGCUGAGCCAUCAGCAAAGACCGAAUGGAAAAAAGAUGGAACGUUUCUAAAUUUGGUGUCUGAUGACCGGCGGCGGCUUCUUCCAGAUGGAUCGUUGUUUAUUACCAGUGUUGUACACUCCAAACACAACAAACCAGACGAGGGGAUUUAUCAGUGUGUGGCCACUGUUGAAAGCCUGGGCAGUAUUGUCAGUCGCGCUGCAAAACUCUCUGUUGCAGGUCUUCCCCGAUUUGCCAGCCAGCCUGAGGCCUCUUCUGUGUACAUUGGGGAUAGUUUGGUAUUAAGCUGUGAUGUAAGCCCAGAACUGGUAUCAUUUGUUCAUUGGGAGCAGGACAGGUCUUUACGAGAACUGGAUGACAGAAUUGCUUUGCUGUCCAAUGGCAGCAUAGUUAUCAGUAACACCAAUGAGAGUGAUGCUGGUGUUUAUCGGUGUGGAGUGGGCAGUGGAGCAUCUUUCAAAUAUAGUGAAGAAGCUGAGAUCAAAGUACUUCAAGAAACGGGAGAGGAUCGCUCUUUGGUAUUUCUUCGCCAGCCUUUCUCUGCUACGAGUGUUGCAGGACAAACAGUACUACUUUCCUGUGUGGUAUCUGGGUUCCCAAACCCCAAUAUACGCUGGAGCCACAAACAGGAAGAAAUCAUUUUUGACAGCUCGGACAGAUUGGUAUUGUUGGCAGGAGGCAGCCUACAGAUCAGCAAUGUAACAGAGGAGGAUGCUGGGAUCUAUACAUGUACAGCAGACAAUGGAAACCAAACCAUACAUGCCCAAGCUGAACUAUUUGUACAAGUGCCUCCUGUUUUUCAUGUUAAGCCAUCGAAUACUCAUGCUCAUGAAUCUAUGGACAUUGUGUUUGAGUGUGAGGUCACUGGAAAACCCACACCUGCUGUCAAAUGGGUUAAGAAUGGAGACAUGGUUAUUCCAAGCGAUUACUUCAAAAUAGUGGAUGAUCAUGAUCUACAAGUUCUUGGACUGGUACGCUCAGAUGAGGGGUUUUAUCAGUGUAUUGCUGAGAACGAGGUGGGAAAUGUGCAAGCGGCAGCUCAGCUCAUAAUUUUAGAACCUGGUGUUACCAUCCCAACCUCUCCUGCCCCCUCACUGACCCAUGCCACUGCUCACCAUGUAGCUGCCACACCAGGAGGCCCUCUUCCAUCAUCCCCGCGGGAUGUCGUGGCCUCUUUGGUGUCCACACGAUUCAUCAAGCUGACAUGGCGUGUACCUGCGGAUGCUCAUGGAGAAAAUCUCACUUACCAAGUCUACUACAGCAAGGAGGGAAUGAACAGAGAGCGUGUGGAAAACACCAGCCGCCCUGGAGAGUUGCAGGUCACCAUUCAAAACCUUCUGCCAGAAACAGUCUAUUACUUUCGCGUUGUGGCUCAAAAUAACCAUGGAACUGGGGAAAGUUCUCCUCCUCUCAAGGUGGAGACACAACCUGAGGUUCAAGUCCCCGGUCCUGCACCAAAUCUGAAAGCCACAUCCAUCUCCCCAAGCUCUGUUAGUGUCAGCUGGGAAAAACCACUGUCAGGAAAUGGAGAAAUACAAAACUACAAGCUCUACUACAUGGAGAAAGGUGCAGGAAAUGAGCAGGAUAUUGAUGUGGGAGGGCUUUUGUAUACAGUCACUGGACUGAAGAAAUACACAGACUAUACAUUCAGAGUUGUGGCGAUUAAUAAACAUGGGCCAGGAGUGUCAACACAGGAUGUCAUUGUCAGGACUCUGUCUGAUGUACCCAGUGCGUCUCCUCAGAACCUGACCCUAGAAGUGCGCAGCUCACAGAGCAUCCUGGUGCAGUGGCAUCCACCUCCUAUGGGUACUCAGAAUGGACAGAUUAUAGGCUAUAAAUUGCGCUACCGCAAAACUGCAAGAAAAACUGAAACUAAUGAGAUCCUGGUAGACAACCAACUCUCACAAGUUGUUACUGGUCUAGAGAAGAACACAGAAUACAGUUUUCGUGUUGUGGCCAUGACUGUAAAUGGGAGCGGACCAGCCACUGACUGGGCUGCUACAGACACAUUUGAAAAUGAUCUUGAUGAGUCUCGUGUUCCUGACAUGCCGAGCUCACUUCAUGUGCGUCCAUUGGUAACCAGCAUUGUUGUUAGCUGGACUCCCCCAGAAAAUCAGCAUCAGGUGGUUGUCCGUGGAUACGCUAUUGGUUAUGGACUUGGAAGUCCUCAUGCCCAAACAGUUCGCGUUGACCAUAAGCAGCGUUACUACACCAUUGAAAAUCUGGACCCUAGUUCACACUAUGUCAUCUCCCUGAAGGCUUUCAACAAUAUGGGGGAAGGCAUUCCUUUAUAUGAAAGUGCUGUGACCCGACAACACACAGACACUUCUGAAGUUGAUGUUUAUGUUGUUCAUGCCUCAUACACACCAGUUCCAGAGCCCAGUCCCAUGUUGCCCCCUGUGGGGGUCCAAGCCACCAUCCUGAGCAGUGACACAGUGCGACUCACCUGGGCGGACAAUUCUCUCCCUAAGAACCAGAAGAUCACAGAUGCACGUUACUACACUGCAAGAUGGAAGACCAACAUUCCAGCUAACACAAAGUACAAGAUGGCCAACAGUACAACACUCGGCUAUUUGGUCACUGGCCUAAAACCAAACACCCUUUAUGAAUUCUCGGUUAUGGUUACUAAAGGUCGACGGGCAAGUACAUGGAGCAUGACUGCCCAUGGCACUACCUUUGAAUCAGUGCCCUCCUCACCUCCUAAAGAUGUGACUGUUAUAAGCAAAGAAGGCAAGCCACGCACUAUUAUUGUGAACUGGCAACCUCCAUCAGAAGCCAAUGGCAAAAUUACAGGCUACAUUAUAUGUUACAGCACAGAUGUUCACGCGGAUCUCCAUGACUGGGUAAUAGAGCCAGUUGUUGGGAAUCGUUUGACCCACCAAAUUCAAGAGCUGACUCUAGAUACUCCAUAUUACUUUAAGCUCCAGGCAAGGAAUUCUAAAGGAAUGGGCCCCAUGUCAGAAGCUGUGCUCUUCCGUACACCAAAAGAAUCGACACCCUACAUGCCUAACAACCAAGCAUCGGGUGUAUCUGGUAAAGGAGGCCGCACUUCAGAUCUAGGAAACAAUGGUGGCCCGCCACUCGGAGGCAGCAAUAGUCCUCAUGGAAGCCCCACCUCCCUGGAUCAGAACAUGCUGCUAACCAUAAUUGUGUCCCUUGGAGUUGUAACUGUGCUAGUGGCUGUGGUCAUCGCUGCCAUCUGCUCCCGGCGCUCAAACUCCCACCAUAAAAAGAAAAGAGCUGCAUGCAAGUCAGUAAAUGGCUCUCAUAAAUACAAAGGCAACUCUAAGGAUGUGAAGCCUCCUGAUCUCUGGAUUCACCAUGAAAGGCUAGAGCUUAAGCCAGUGGACAAGUCCCCAGAAACAAACCCUAUGCUGACAGACACCAGUCUGCCCCGUUCCCCACAGGACCUGACACCUGGAGAAAGCACUACAGAAGGCAGCAUUCACCAGCACAGUAAUUCAUACCGAGGUCUGGAAUCGGAGGAUUCUAUAUCUUCACUUGCAGGACGCCGGGGAAUGAGACCAAAAAUAAUGAUGCCGUUUGACUCUCAGCCUCCACAGCCGGUUGUCAGUGCUCAUCCCAUCCAUUCCAUCGAUAACUCUCAUUUUCGCUCAGUGCCUGGGUUCAUGUUGCACGUUCUGGGUGGAGCUUCUCAAGCUGCAGAAUCUGUUCGUCAUACUCCCAGUUGUGACACAGUAGUAGUAGCAGCAUCAUCCUCUUCUCAGACUGGUGUUGAGGACCCAGAUCCACCUGGAGCCAGUUUUCUACCUGGCUCAUUGGAUGAAGAUUCUGGACCCAGCAUUCCUACUGCACAUAUCCGACCUACCCAUCCCUUGAAGAGUUUUGCAGUACCCGCUGUUCCAGCUCCGGCUCCCGGGGCAGCUUAUGAGCCACUGCCAAGCUCUCCGCUUUUGGCACAACAAUCAGGUCCAUCAGCACUAUCUGUAAAAACAGCUUCUCUAGGGACCCUGGGGAGAGUACGUCCACCGCUUCCGGUAAAUAUGCCCAGUGCCCCUGAACCACUAGAGACCAGCAGAAUGCUAGAUGGCUCAGAGAGUAGUUAUGAACCAGAUGAACUAAGCAAGGAGAUGGCUCAUCUUGAAGGCCUGAUGAAGGAUCUGAAUGCCAUAACCACAGCAUGAAAACAGAACCCCACCCCAGAGGCAAACCUGAUAGUGUAUGGGCAGAGGCAGUGCAGCCCACAAGAAAGGGUCUCUGUGACACAAUGAAGUUUACUGUCAAACAAGCUGGAAGCCCAGACUGUGUAUGCUGCGGCAACCACCAAUGGCUGAAGCCUGGCAUUCUGUACCUUAUCAUUUCCUCUGAUUUCUAAGAUUUUAUGGGGGGUUUAUAUCAGAAGAGGAAUUUUAUGUAAACUAUGGAGGAAUAUUGUGUAUUUCCAUUGUUUUUGUUCUUUUCACCUCUAAUGGGCCUUCACCGUGUUGCUGUGGCUCAGUGUUAUGCCCCACCAUGUGGCCAGCUGGACAGCUAAAGGACACCCAAUGGAAAGAGUUCCUUUUACAGCAACAGUUGCU